UCAUCUUUUUGCAGGUUUAGCAAUGGAGUCCUCCUCUGCUGACACCAAUUCAACUGCCGCAUACUCACCACCUCUGUUUAAACCCCAAGACAUUAUCUCCAUGGUCAUCCUCAUCCUCACUUGCCUACUGGGACUGCCAGGCAAUGGGCUGGUGCUGUGGGUGGCUGGCCUAAAGAUGAAGCGGACUGUGAACACAGUUUGGUUUCUCCAUCUCACCCUGGCCGACUUCCUCUGCUGCCUCUCCUUGCCCUUCUCCCUGGCUCACCUGAUUCUCCAAGGACACUGGCCCUAUGGUUUGUUCCUAUGCAAACUUAUCCCAUCCAUCAUCGUCCUCAACAUGUUUGCCAGUGUCUUCCUGCUCACCGCCAUUAGCCUGGACCGCUGUCUGAUGGUGCACAAGCCAAUCUGGUGCCAGAACCAUCGGAAUGUGAGAACGGCCUUCAUCAUCUGCGCAUGUGUCUGGGUGGUGGCCUUUGUGAUGUGUGUACCAGUAUUUGUAUACCGAGAGGUGAUCAGUAUAGAUGAUCGUACUCUAUGUACCUAUCAUGUUGAUUCCCAUGAGCCCUUUGAUUAUGGGGACUACAUGUACGACAUAGACCUCCCAGAAAGCAAUUCUACUUACAACUCCAGUGCUCAGCUAACAGGACAAAUGGAUGACAGGCCUUCCUCUUCACAAAUAGGUGACCACCUUUGGACAGCUGUCACCAGCCUCCAGUCACAAGCAUUCCAAAGAUCUUCUGAAGAUCCACUCCCUCUAGAUUCAGCAAGACUGUCUAGUCAACCACCCCAUUACAGUGUAAAAGCUCCCGGUGUGCUCAUAGCCACCACACCCAGUGGGUUUCCUGUUGAAGAUCACAGAACCAACACACAGAACCCCGACGCUUUUCUCUCUGCUCAUAUACAGAUUUCCCCUCCUGCUUCUGGCAGUUAUGCAUCUCACCCUGAGCAGUCACAAGAUUUCCAGGAUGACUAUUUCGCCCAGUCCACGUAUAACAAUCAUGCACUAACACCUCUGGAGGCAAUGACCAUCACAAGGCUGGUGGUGGGCUUCCUGGUGCCCCUUUUUAUCAUGGUGGCUUGUUACAGCCUCAUUGUCUUCCGAAUGCGAAAAACCAACUUCACCAAGUCUCGGAGCAAAACCUUUCAGGUGGCCCUGGUGGUGGUGACUGUCUUUUUUGUCUGCUGGACACCAUACCAUAUUGUUGGAGUCCUUUUAUUGAUUGAUGACCUAGGAACUCCUUUGAGGCAAGCUGUGUUAUCUUGGGACAACAUGUCCAUUGCUUUAGCAUCUGCCAAUAGUUGCUUCAACCCCUUCCUUUAUGCCCUUUUGGGGAAAGACUUUAGGAAGAAAGCAAGACAGUCCAUAAAGGGCAUUCUGGAGGCAGCCUUCAGCGAGGAGCUCACACACUCUACCAGCUGUACCCAGGACAAAGCCUCUUCAAAAAGAAACAAUAUGAGUACAGAUGUGUGAAGAUGUGGAGCUGGAGACCUAAGCAGAUGUUCUCAGGGUUUUUCUGUCUCCUGCUGGGGAUGGGGGUAAACAGCACUGUGCCUGGCCCCCCUUUAUUCGUCUUCCACAUUAGACUUUGGCCUCACAUAGAAUAAAGCAGUGUUCUAAAGAUGCUUUUCUCCUCACCCCAAACUCAACGGAAGGAGACAUGAAGGGCGGAACUGUCAUUCUUCACCUCACUCUGAGGUCGCUGCCCUCUGAUGGCAAUACCAUCAAAAGGUUUGAAACACGAGUCUAGGUAUCUUGUAUGACAAAAGUGCUAGGCACACUCUCUUUGGGAUUUUUUUUUCCAAUUAAUGUUUAUCUGGACCAUGGUAUUAUAACGUAAUAUACGCACCCAAUUGUAAAGGAAUUAACGAAUAAUGAAAUGCAAAGGCCUCUUUCUCCAGUGCCCUCUUACUUCAGGAGAGCACCUUUGCAAGAAUGGGAGCUGUUUAUUCUGACAUUUACCACGAUGUGCCUAAAUCUUGUGCUUACACUGCUGUUUUUCGUAGAUGGAAUAAAAAUGUUUAUUUUGAAACAUGAGUAUUUUAUCCACUUUCAUAUUUUCAUCAACAUCCCAGUGUUGUUCAGUGAAUAUCAUACUUUCAUUUGUCCAUGACUGUCCUUUUCCUUUCACUUUUUGUUGCUAGAUUGUGUUUGCUUUAGAACCAGAGUCUCUCUAGGUAGCACAGGCUAGCCUCAGACUCACAGGUCUCUUGCUACAGCACUAGACGGGAGCACCAGCACCUCCAGCUGACGACACAAUUUUCUUGUCCAUACAUUUUGAUAACAUACUGCUUUUCUUCUGUCCUUUCAGUUUUUAUAUUAACACACAUUAAUUGUACAUAUAAGGUUCAAUGUGAUUGAUCCAUAUAUGCACACAGCAUUCACGCUUCAACCCCCAGACUCUGCUUAAUCAUUAUUCUUUCUGGUUGACUUUUUUUUUUUU